AUGGUGAUUUGGCACGUAUUUGAUGAACUUUGUGAUGAAAUGAAGAAGUACAAUAUUGACAAAAAAACACCAUUUCGAUAUCGUAGAGGAGGUAGGACGCUGAAGUGUUUUAGAAUGAAGAAUAUCUGCAUGCAAUAAUUGGUUUAGUCAAAUCACUGAAAACAAUGAAUGCACGGAAGAAUCUGGAAAAAAGAAUGCCAGCCCGAUCGGAACCGGAACUGAGUUUAUUUAGGGGUUUAUGAUUAUAUAUGUUAGUUUGUCGACAGCCAACCUUAGAAAGUAAUUAUAUGUCUAUGGUGGUACUGUAUGUCUAUGCAAUUUUAAUAAUGCGAUCAAUUAAAAUAUUUGGGCGAUAUUCGUCUGCAGUAAAUCAAUAAAAUUUAUAUUCUCUUUCCUAAUGAAGAUAGAAUUACGGUUCCGGUCACGUUUUUUCUUUUUCAUCUGUUUCAGUCGGAACCAUAAGAUAUUAGAGUUCCGUUGCCAAGCCCUACUUAAGCCAUUGCAAUCGAGACAGUGCGGGUGCUUAGCCUAACCCGCUUGCACUUUGGCGAGUGAGUUGCUCCGCAAUUAUAACUUCCUUCGGCAAAACGAACACUGUUCACUGUUCAGCAUGAAGUCAAGCUCUGAAACCAGCUUAGGAAUUCAGAUAAAAACUAAAUUGUUUUCCUGCCAUGACUCUUAUAUGAUAUAGUGAAAAGUUACUUGCGAAGACAAGCCGUUGAAAUGACAGCGCAUUCGCCAAAUGUUCAUUGGGUUUGGAACGUAGAAGCUGUAGAUAUUGAUGAUCCCACCGGAGAAAUACGAAGACUCAAAAAACAGGUUAAAAAGUCUUGUUAUUAAUUCGUAGGCAUCUUUCAAAAAAUUAGAAGGCACUCAAUAGCCGCCACCAAAAAUUAAAUAUUUACCACAGAUUAUAAAUAAAAUUUCAGUUCAUUCUUUUCUGUAUGGGACAUCACCAAACCAUGGGAACGGGUUUUGUGAUUGGUUGAUUGUAAAAAUGACAAUAAAAUAAAAAAGGAAAAUUCUAAAGAACGAGUCACAUGUCUUGGUAAAAACUGUUAGUCAAAGCCUCUCAAAGAAUAGGUAGCUUAAAAACAUAUACUCGGAUCGACCUGACUCUACAUGGUGUAUAAAAGAAAAACUGCACAGUUCGAAAUUGUCCGCUACAUUAAACUGCAAGUUCCCCCAAAUUUGUGAAAAUUUUAUGCAAGCAAGGGUAGUUUAGGGUCUGCUUAUUUCGAAAAGUAAAUGUUCGACUGCGGGAUGGUUGUUUUCAAAACUGGUUUGCGCAAAAAAAUGGAAGGCUUAAAACGCAAUCUGAAUUCAAAUUGGGAAGGUGUUAUAUGGAUUAUCAAAGUAUCAGCCAAUUUCAUAUUUCUGCCAUAGUAUAUAUAGCCUUUCACGCAUACUUUUUUAACUUUUUGUAAAGAGCAUGUAAGAAAUCAAUCAUGCAUAAACCAAAUCAUGCAAAAAAUCGGUCAUGCGUGUUGCAAAUUGUGCGUGAAAUGCUACUACGGCAAAAAUGUCCAAGUUUUGUUGUCUGGUACUUUGAAAGUUUAUAGCUAAAACACCCUCCACAUUUGCACCCUACAAUUCAAAUUGCGUUUUAAGCCUUCCAUUUUUGUGCGCAAGCCACUUUUGAAGUGGUUGUUAACGGACAUUUUCGAACUCUGCAGUUUUUAGAUACAUUCUGCAUGUAGCCAAUUUUUCCAACAUUUCUUCUUAGUUUAUUGGUAAUACAGUAAAUUUAGGAAUCUCGAGUCAGCUAUGUGCAAGCUAAUUUCAAUACAACAAUAACUUGUCUCUUUAUGACGAUACGAAAAUUUGUGACAUGAGCAGACUUUGACUGCACAUUUGUGCAUUUUGUCAUUCACGUAGUGCUACACAAUGUUGGUUACUUACCAAGACGAUAUUCGAAGAUGGUUCUACACAUCUCAAAAUAGUAAUCCUCUAAAGUGGAUUUGUGCUAAUAAAGUAUUGACACGGCGAGAUUCACAAGGUAAGCAAUAAUACGAGGGGUUUCUAUGAUGUUCUCAUCGCCACUAUGUUAAUUGAACAAUAUUAUUUAUGACGUUCCGGCGUUGCGUGAGUCACGUGAGGGAUCCUCUAAGCGAACGAAGCACUUGAGGCAUCGUUGAGAGGUAAUAUGCUGUUUUGGUCAUACAUUUUCCCUCAGUAAAAUACUAUUGUUUAGUAAAAUAAAUCAAUUCUUCUUGAAUAAUUGCUUAACUAUUUAGAUUUAUGUUAUCUGAAGCACUCAUGCAUAUAUAUCACAUAAAAUGUCUUGUCAUGCAUAAUCAUGCAGUCGUGUUUAUACCUCCAUGCACAUUCAGAUACAAUAAAGAGACGGUAAAGGUAUAAGAGUGGCUGUUGGAAAAAUAGCUACAUCUAAAUACUUCUUAAAUUGUUAUUUUGAUUUUUUUUAUAUAAAAAACACCCACAAAUUGAAAGUAAGUGGUUGUAUAUACCUCACACAACAUGGACACAAAUGCGAUAUAUAUAGAGCUUGCGAUUCGCCUUGAUAAAAACGUCGCAUUUUUUAUUAUUAAUCAUGAAUACAUAAAUGAAAUAAAUCCAGCCUACGGUAUUGGCAGAUACACAACCUUGGCCUAAUUCUCGAUAUCAGGAUUUUUGGGCAUCUACAUCUGAUAUAACUAUAAUUUGUAGAAGAAUUUUGUAGAUGCAUGGAAAUUGCAAAUGUAACAAAAGUACCCUUCUCCAAAUUUGUUAUAUCGGUGUAGAUGCCCAAAAUUCCUGAUAUUUAUCAAUACACCUUACAUGUACAUUGGCCUUAAUUACAUACAUGAACUUGUGGUUAGAGCUUGACGAUUGGCCUUUCACCUUUGUAGCUCAGUUGGUUAGAUCGCUGCACAGUGAAUAGUUGCAUUUUUCGUAACCGCUCCUGGUUAGGUAUAAUAAAUAUAUAAAUUUCACAGUCGCAAAUUCCAUCUGCUAAUUCUCGAUAUCGUACUCAAUCUCAUCCAAUAAUUAUACAUUGCUGAUUUCUAGUUGGUAUUUUUGCGCAAUUCUUCACUGAUAUCAACACUUAUUUGUGAUGAUUAUUUAAGGUUGUUUAUGGAUUAAAGACAAAUAUAUGGAAGAACUUGUGAAACAUGACGAAACUACGGCGAGAGAAGAAACAAGUGAGUCAAGCCACAAAGAAAAACAUUACGAAUUGUAG